AGCUUUACUAUUUUAUUGAAUUAAGGUAUUAACUGGCACGCACGAUCGUCCCUAUAAAAAAAAAUACAGACCGACCAUCGCGCCACAAGUGAGAAGCGGCUAUCAAAGUCGGACUACUCACUUCGUCUAAACCAUCAUUUUUAAACCAACCACAGUUUAUUCCAUAGCCUUAUUUAUCAGUAAAAAAAAAUUAACCUCUAGUAACCAAUGCAUUAGUUUAAUUCAAAAAGCAACGGUUUUCACGCUGCAGCGGCGGCCAUUUUGUUUACAAAAUGGCGACCAACUACACCAUGGCGGAUUAUGGCAUCGUGGCGCAGCCGAUGAAGAUGGUGUCCCAAGAAGUGGUGGAACACAUGCUGGGCUGGAACAUUCCAGAAGAACACCAGGACCUGGUGCACAUGCACUGGAGGGCGUUCCCGGCGGUCAGCAAGUUCUGGCACUACGGCCUGGCGUUGAUCUACACCUGCCUGAUGCUGACGUCACUCACUGGGAAUUCUAUCGUCAUUUGGAUCUUUAGCACCUCCAAAUCCCUGCGCACAGCGAGCAACAUGUUCGUGAUCAACCUGGCGGUCUUCGACCUGAUGAUGAUGAUAGAGAUGCCGCUUCUCAUCAUGAACUCGUUCCAGCAACGCAUGGUGGGGUACCAGCUCGGCUGCGAUAUAUAUGCGACCCUGGGGUCGCUGUCUGGGAUAGGAGGGGCUAUAUCUAACGCUGUUAUCGCGUUUGAUCGGUAUAAAACGAUAUCCUGCCCGCUCGACGGUCGCAUCAACAAGGUGCAGGCGGCGCUGCUGAUCCUCUUCACGUGGCUGUGGUCCGUGCCCUUCACCGCCCUGCCGCUGUUUAAGAUAUGGGGGAAGUUUGUACCAGAGGGAUUCCUAACCACGUGUUCGUUCGACUACUUCACGGACGACCAGGACACGAAGGUGUUCGUGGCGGCCAUCUUCGUGUGGAGCUACUGCAUCCCCAUGUCGCUCAUCUGCUACUUCUACUCGCAGCUGUUUGGAGCCGUCCGCCUGCACGAGCGCAUGCUGAAGGACCAGGCCAAGAAGAUGAACGUGAAGUCGCUCGCGUCCAACAAGGACGACGCGGGCAAGAGCGUCGAGAUCCGGAUCGCUAAGGUCGCCUUCACCAUCUUCUUCCUGUUCGUUUGUGGCUGGACGCCGUACGCCUUCGUUGCCAUGACCGGCGCCUUCGGGGACAGGAGUCUGCUGACCCCGGUGGCGACCAUGGUGCCGGCCGUGUGCUGCAAGAUCGUGUCCUGCAUCGAUCCCUGGGUGUACGCCAUCAACCACCCGAGAUACAGGGCGGAGCUGCAGAAGCGUCUCCCAUGGAUGGGAGUGCGCGAGGCCGACCCCGACUCCGUGUCCACCAACACGAGCCUCGCCACCGCCCAAGCAGCCAAUCCGGAGGCUUAGUUCAAAUUUAGAACCUAGUUAUAUAGCGACAUCUCUGUUCACGGCAGCGAAGCAUUUUCCAAAGUGACAUCGAUGCGCGAAAAGAUAAUUUUCGAGACAUAGAAAACGAUAGACUUGGGAAUGUUUUUGCUACGAUGAAUAGUUUUUAAUGUCAAUCGAAUUACUGGAUAGCUUAUUACAGGAAUGCAACUAUCAACUCAUAUUGUGUAGGGAGAUUAAUUAAUAUGUAUAGCCUACAAGUAAAUGCAUUCUAAGUAGGUCUCGUAGGCUCGCCUUGUUGGUUUUUACCCGACUGCCGAAGGAGGAGGGUAAUGUUUUAUACUAAUAAGUACCUACCUAAGCCAAUAUUUUUUUCUUACCUGACUAGUUUUUUUUAAUUCUAUUAAUAAUUGUAUGUAAUAAGCAUUCUUAAGUAGCAUGAGAUGUUCUUUUUGAUACUUAAACUUUCCAUACAGUAAUUCGAUUGAUAUUUAAGUACUUAUAACAAUCUAGUUUAAGCGAUUGCUAUUAUGAUGAUAACGAAUAACGACCAAAGGCUGCACAAUGGACUCCGAUGAAGCUGUAUUUUUUUUAUAACGAAGCAUAAUAUUUUAAAAAAUCCAAAAAAAAAACGAUCUGAUCCCGACGACUGAGGCAAGCUUUUAAUUUGUUAUAAAUAAAGGAAGUGUACUUUGA